UCUGUAUUCAUACUGGGAUGUGUCUGCCAUUCCUUUGCUCUGUGUUCAAGCCAUGCUAGCAAACACUUACCAUCAUGGCUCGAAACAUUUGUAAGAAAUGUAUGCUGCUAUUUUGCACGCAGUAGUAAGCGUCAAAAUGACUUGAAAAUGAUCCAGGACAUUGUUCAUGCUCCAAAGCACAAAAUGCUAAAAUUAUCAGAGACUCGUUGGCUUUCAAGAUCAGAAGUCAUAGCCAGAAUACUAGAGCAGUGGGAAGCACUGCAGCUUUUUUCCAAAGUGAAGCAAAGAAAAAUGAUGAUGGAGCUGCCAUGAUAUACAAGAACAUGAUUACUCCUGGAACCAAGCAUAUGCUGCUGUUCUUGAACUAUAUCCUCCCUAAAGUGGACAGAAUGAAUUUGGAAUUCCAGUCUGAAUAUUUCAGACUUGCAUCACUUUUUACAACAGUUUCCGUUGAGUACAGGAGUAUCAUGGGAAUGUUUGUUCGUGAUGAAGUGGUAGCCAACAAAGAGUUAUCUCUCAUUAACCCAGGAAAUGAUUCUUUGUACAAAGAGAUCAGUGAAAUUAACCUUGGUGGCAGGUGUGCUGCAUUGCUAAUCAAGGAACCUUUGGGAGAUCAGGAAAGAAGGUUUCGUCUCGACUGCCGAAAGUUCCUGGUAGAACUGUGCCUACAAAUGAAAAAAAGAUUCUCUUUUCAUAGCGACAGUGUGCUUUGCUUGUUAAGAAUCAUCGAACCGAAAGAAUCUUUAUCACCCAAGAGGAACUCCAGUGACAUCUUAAAACUAGCACUACAAUUUCCAUCGCUUGUGAAAGAGGAUGAGUUGGACGCCCUGCAGGAUCAGUGGAAGGAUUUGCUAUAUGCAAAAGAAGCACUGAAGAAUCUUAACGAGAAGGCAACUGCUUUCUGGAGUGAACUAAAAUCAGUGAAGGAUGGGAACAACGAGCCGAGAUUUGCCUGUUUGUCAAAAUUCAUGUGCGGCCUGCUAGCUCUGCCUCAUUCAUCUGCAUGUGUGGAGCGGGUAUUUUCGCAGCUGAAUAUGAUAAAACAAAACAAACAAACAGGCUUGGCGUGUCCACCACGUCAAACAGACUCCUUGCUAAACAAGCGAUCAGCCGUCAGGAGGUACCAUGCUAUCAAUGGCAACCAUCAACAUCCCUCAUCAAAGACGUAAAAAGUGGGCAGUGUUACCGAAGGUGUGCUGAGCGAGAACGGCAAGGCAAAGAGGAGAGGGUGGCAACACUGCAUCCAGCUGUGGAGGAUGCCAUUGAGGGCGAAGUAGACGAACCCCCCAACUCGUGUAUACCUGCAGUAAUACUGAAAGAGAUUCUUGGCAAAGACAUCAUCGGCGCAGUCGUUCUCGCGCAGACCAUCACUUCACCCCAUAUAAAGGACCUCAUCGUCUGUAGAGAAGUUUCUCAUGAAGAAAGAAGGUCUUCCAAGUGGCGGACGACCAGCGUAACGAGUUGAUUCACCCGACUAGUCUACACUUGUAGCGCAAACACUGUUAGAGUUUAGGAAUUACCCCGCCGUUUUUGCAGUGAGACGACGCUGCGUGUGUAAAAAUAAAACUAAUUUAUAUUUACCUCUCAGACUCCAUUUUCUUUUCAGCCCAGUAGAAGCACAUCUUCCCAUUUUCUUUUGAGUGCUGUAGGAGUAAUUCAGACAAAUCUGUUACUGCCUUCUAAACUUAAACAUUGAU